GAUGUGUUGUUGAUUGUUGUUGUGGAUGGAAAAUAGGGCAGAGUUGAAAGACUUACGUCGUCUGAAGCGUAAGCAAUGGGCGGUCUCUGCUGGAGUGUUGUGUGCGACUGGAUGGGCCAGCUACCAGCUGUUCAAGUGGAUGCAGCCCACUGAAGAACAAAAUGCAGAGAUAAUGGCCAAAAUGGAUCCUAUUAAAUUAAAAGAAGUGCAAGACGCCAACCAGAAACUCAUGGACCACUUGCGGAUAGUGGCCAACAGUGACAAGCCCCUGGGCUACUACGAGAGGAAAUGGAAGGAACACCAGUUCAACAAACUCAGAGUUGAAUACCCCUAUGAGAAGAGAGAGGAGCACCCCCACCUUUUCCCCGAAGACAAACAGCUACAGGAGAGAGUGCGCGCCACUAAAGGGGCACUAAAAACUAACUGAUUUUUGAAAAUAUCACGUACACGCUAGCUCUUUCUGAAAUUAAUUAAGUAUAUAUAG